AUGUCGCUCUCCGUCUUCGAGCCGCUUGCGCUUCCAGGCUUUGCGAAAGCGAAGGAAGAGGAGGCUGCUCCCAAGUCCCCAGAGCCCAAAGCACGUUGCCACAGGCCCUCUGGAGCCGGCUGCCUGGUCCGGGAGCUGAUCGACUUCCUGGGCAGCAAGAGGCGCGUGACGCGGCCGGUGCUGCACCUGCUGCUGGUGCCGCAGCUGACGGAGCUGGACCUGGGCCAGUGCUCCCAGCUGGUGACCCGGGACGUGGCGCAGAUGAUCUCCAGCCGCUGCAAGAACCUGUCCGUGCUGUAUCUCCGCCGCUGCAGCCGGAUCCCCAGCGAUGCUCUGGUGGACCUGAUAGAGAGCUUGCCUUCUCUCAAGAAGCUGGACCUGUCGGACACCCAGUGCAACACGCAGGUCUUGUCCGCCGUGGGCUCCACCUGUCGGCAUCUUUUUGAGCUGAACAUCUCCGACUGCAAGCGGCUGUCUGCGGAGUCCCUCUUCCACCUGGCCUACGACGCCACGGCCGGCUCCUUCUCUUGCCAGGCCCUGCAGGUGCUCUCCGUGCAUGACCUGGAGCCCAGUGACAGAAGCCGGGACCUGGUCUGGGCCUUGGCCUUUGUUCUGCUGGCCCUUCCCGCUCUCCUAUUCGUGGAAAAUGAGUUUGUUUCAGAGGCUCUGGAAGAGAUCCUCGGCCAGCAGUUCGCGGCUGCCCAGAUCGACCCCCAGUUCCCCUCCCUGGAGGAGCUGGCCCGGCGCAGGAUGGCCCUGCGCCCAGACCAGGCCGGCCCUAAGCUGACGCUGCCCCUCAAGGAGCUCCUGGAGGUGGAGGAGACUUUCUUGCCCAUCGUUUGUGCCGUCUGCCCACACUUGACCAAAGCCAUCGUCCUUCUGGACGAUGGUUCUGCCUUGAGCCCCGCCUUCUACACCUGGCACACCCUCACCGACCUGACCUUGGACUGCAGCAGACCCAGGAACCUGGCGGAGCUCCUGCCGGUGGUGGCCAUCAUCGGCGCCCAGAUGCAUUCCCUCUCCGUCGACGGCUUCUACGUCCAGGAUGAAUUGUCCUUCCACACGCUGCUCAAUCGCUGCCCAAAUCUCCAGAAAUUCAGUGCCAGCAUCUUCCUCUCCCUGAGGGGCCAGGGAAGGCCACCCGCCGAGCAGGAUGCUGUUUUGGGGCCCCCCGGCUUCUCCGAUCUUUCUGAGUUUACCUUGAGCCUUUGCCAUUUGCACACUUCCGCGCCUUCCCAGCCUAUUCCGAGAUUGAGAGCAAACCUCGUGUCCGUCCUCCAGAACUCCCCCUGCCUGCAGAGCUUGGAUCUCUUCUUCCUGCCUUUCUGCCUGGAUGAGGUGUUCGAGAAAGUGCUGGAGCCCCGGGGCGCCGCCCUGGUGCACCUCCGCUACCUUUCUCUGCUCCAGUGCCAGGUGUCCAGCAGCACCAUCCACCUGUUGCUGGCUGCAGACAACCAGCUGAGUUCCCUCCACUUGGACAAAUGCCCAGACAUCUACCGGAGCGACUAUGACGAGCUUCUCCGAAAAGUCAGCCGGGAAGGCCUUGACCUUGACAUCCAGUGGCAGUGAAAGCCCAGAAAAUCAGCUUUGUUUAUACUGAGGCCAAAGUAGAGGAGCCUCUGCUAAUAAAGUUUGUAUUCUCUCCCACA